GGACGGGGAGUACGGGCUGUACGUGGACUGUACGCUGCUGGAAGGCUCGAGUGCGUGCUGUGCUACCUUUGAGAACGAGCCGUUGUGUGGAGGGAAGCGGAAGGGCGGGAAGAGCGUGCCGUUUGAGUGUGUUGGGCUGGAGGUGUGGGGAAUAGGACCGACGUGACACGUGGUAGAGGUGUGUGUAGAGCUGGACGUGACACGUGGAUGAGGUGUGUGAAUAGGACCGACGUGACACGUGGUAGAGGUGUGUGUAGAGCUGGGAAUAGCACCGACGUGUAGCACCGACGUGACACGUGGUAGAUAGUCUAGACAGUUGGCAGUGUCUCAAAAAAGAGCGUCUCUCUCU